AUGGCCGGCCAACAGAAUGGCCUACGCAACGGUCAGCUCGCGCAACCCUCUCUCGCCGCCCGAAUGAACUCGGGAGCGUUCCUCGGCUCGUACUCGCUGGGCGGCACGCCGAUCAAGGCUGAACAGAAGCCGACUGUGCAGGCGACUCCGCCGCAGCCGUCGCAGGGACCGUCUCUCCUUCAGCGAACCAAUUCUUCGGGAGGCGGCGGGGAAGGCGGGAGUCUUCUUGCGAGGAUGGGCGGCGAACAGGCGGCGGAAAGUCGCGCAGGAUCGAGUACGAGUACCGGGCAAGGAGGAAGUGGGCGAGGGAUCAAUCUGCGCGAGCGACUGAGCAGGCCCCAACAGCCUGUUGCGACUGCAUCUCCGAUACCAACGAGACCGCAGUCGUCCCCGCCCAAAGAUGGGCCUCAGGCGAACAACGCUUCCAUCCCUCCUCCCCCUCGUCCGACGAGUCCUGCGAAACGCCAUGUCCGCCAGGCAGACGGAUUCCAGACCGCCUCCAACGCUACAUCUUCUGUCGCACUCGCAGAUCGGAUCCACGGCUCGUCGACGUCCCCGUCUACGCACCGUCUCGUUGAGCGACCCGAACCGCCUGUUUGGCAGCAACCCGCUGCGACUCAUCCUCCUCAAGGUCAUUCUCUUGCCCCCGUCAAUCCGCCUCCGCAACGACUUUCGUCUCCACCCCGCGACCCUCGCAAGUCGCCGCCCAAAGGCGCGAAUAAGCAGCUUCGCCCGCCUGCGCUUUCAUUGACGGAAGCUAAUCCUGCCUCCGCUCAAGCGCCAAAAAUUCCGUCCAUUCAACGAUUGCCUCCGGGUCAUGUCGCAGCCCAGACGGCUUCUGCGCAUUCGAAGCAGACGACGCCUGCUUCCAGGUCAUCGGAAGCUGGAACCCCUCCUCUUCCAGACCCAUCGCCCGCUGUUCAUCUGCACAGUGCUGUGAUACCGGCGCCGACAACAGCCGCCUCGUCCGGCGCACCUUCACCCGUCGCCAUUCGCCCCGCUCCUUCGUCAACCUCCCAGCCUCCCGCAAUCGCGUCGGUCCGCACUGCCACCUCUCUCACUACCAGCACACCUUCACGACAACCUAUCCCUCUUCGUCCGCCGUCGUCCGCCGAAUCCGGUACUCCGCCUCCCCGACCACCUCGCUCGAAUCGCGACGCUGAAUCCGGCACUCCGCCCCGACCUCCCCCUCCUACGACUCGUCCUCCCGCUUCUGCAACUCCAGCUACUCCCGCCCCGCGCUCGUCGCACAAAUCACCCUCCAUCCCUUCCUCUGCCGCGCCUCGUACGCCCAAAAGCGAACCCACCAGUCCUGACUUCCGCACUCGCCCACUUCCACCACCUCGUCCUGCGCCGUACGUUCCGCCAGCGCCAACAAAGCCGAGUCUCGCUGAGCUUCAGCGACAAGCUGAUGAAGCGCGCGAAUUGGCGCAACAAGCUGAGCGCGAGGCCCGGCGGCGAAGAGAUCAGGAGGCGGAGGAGAGACGGAAGGCUCAAGCCGAUGCUGAGGAGAUGGAGAAGAAGCGGAGAGAGGAGGAGGUGGAGCGCGUGCGAGCUGAAGCUGCGGAGAAGGAGCGGGCUCGGCUUGAUGCGGAGGCUAAGGAGCAUGCUCGGCUCGAGGCGGAGGAGAAGGAGCGGGUUCGCCUGGAGGCGGAGGCGAAGGAGCGUGCGCGACUGCAGGAGGAGGAGCGUAUCAAGCGCGAGGCUGAGGAAACGGCGCGCAAGGAGCGUGAAGCGAAGGCGGAAGCAGAGCGCGUGGAAAAGGAACGCCUCGCGUCUGAGCGCAAGGAGAAGGAGCGUCAAGCGAGGGAGGAGACUAGAAAAAGGGAGGAGGCGGAGAAAAAAGCGCGCUUAGAUGCGGAGCUCGAGGCGCAGGAGAAGGCACGGCAGGAAGCGAAGCGCAAGGAGGUCGAGCGGGAGAAGAAGGAACGACUCGAGGAGGAGCGCAGGACGAAGGAGGCUGAGGCGAAAGCGAAGUUGGAUGCCGAGCUGGAGGCGCAGGAGAAGGAGCGUCAGGAGGAGAUGCGCAAAGAGGAGGAGCGCAAGGUGGAGCUGCGGAAGGAGCAGGAGCGCAAGGCGGAGCUGCGAAAGGAGCAGGAGCGUACGGCCAAGAUUGCGGAGCUGGCGGCUCGACAGGCAGAGCGGGAUCGUCGAGCGCUCGCUGCUCGGGAAGAAGAGGCGAAGAAGGCGGAGCGGGAGCGACAGGAGUUGGCAAGACUGGCCACCCUGGCACGGAAGAAGAAGGAGGAGGAGGAGCGUCGCAGAAAGGCCGCCGAUGACGAAGCGCGGAAAAAGGCGGAGGAGGAGUCAAAGCGGAAGGCAGAGGAUGAGGAGCAGAAGAGGAGGGCGGCGAAGGAGGAGGAGGAGCGCGAAGCGGAGGAGGCGAUGUGGAGAAAGGAGAUACCGCCCCUCUGGGCUACGACGACCUACGCCUGGACCGUCCGCCCAGGUUGUCCUGCAAUGUCGGCCAUUGUUCACGACCGGGAUCAAGUGUUUGCGAGCAGCGCAAAGUUGGGACACCGCCCUUCUCGCAAGAUCAUCGCCAAGCACAUGGAGACAUAUACGCACGGUACGGGAGGUCGCGCGGCGUACGCCUCCAGAGUGCGCGACUACGAAUCGUUCUGUCGAUCCGUUGACGUCCCGCCAUGGCCGCUGUCGACCGUCAUGAUUGCGCUCUUCUGCAUCGCAACGGCGCCCGAUGGCUUCGCGCUGAGCACGGCCAGCAACAUCGUCAUCGCGCUCCGCAACUCGACUCGCAACUGCGUCGACGACUGGCAGGCAUUGCCAGGCUACAGCGAGCUCGCCUCCUGGCCCAGGGCGGAUCAAGCCCUUACGGAGUGGAAGAACCUGCUGAAUCCUAUACCAGACGAGGAAGACUCUCCCCUCGAGACGCCUCAGGGAAUGUCCCCUGCCGCCUCCGAACCCGCCUACAACGUUGAGGAAGAUCACCAAGAGGAGGAAGAGGAGGAUCUUGCGGAUCAGGACGACGAGGACGGCGCAGAUCUCGACGAGGACGAGAUGUCCGACGCCGAAGCAAAGGGCAAGCCCGGGAGGUCAGGAAAGAGACGGCGGACUGCAAGGCGCCUCUUUGACGCGGUCGAGAUGAAGAAAUUUGUCCUCGAAUGCACCAAGAAGUAUCCCUUGCCCGAUAUGCCCGACAUGCCGCGCCCAGGUCAACUCUUUGCCAAUCUCCAAGCCCUACUCAAGGCGACCGCUGCGUCGCUCGUCCCCAAGAUGGGCGUUACGCCAGUCCUGGCAGUCCGCUCCAUCACCUGCAGUCGCCGCAAAUACGGGUGUCCAUUCCGCCUUUCGACUGUCACGCGGAACGAUGGCAAGCUUGUGGUCAAAGCCAACGCGACAAUUGCACACAAUCACGGGCCGGACAGCCGUCUCCUCGCAGAUCCGAAUUGGCGACCUGCGAUGCGGAACGACGCCGUCGCUGCGGCCGUCGCCAAGCACGACAAGCUGAUGGCGACGAAGAAGGGCAAGAAGCGCCUCAGCGACUCGUCCGAGCUUCCCGCCGCCAAGCAUCCUCGCCGCGAAAGCGGUACGGUCAAGUCGGACGCUGCAAAGCGCGAGAUUGCGACCAAGAAUGCGCCCGUCGAGCAAGACGAGCCGGCAGGUCCCGAGCCAUCCACCUUAGCGAAGGACGCGUCGCCCCUUCCCGCCCCGAGUGACGCGCCCCGGAACGCGGAGGAGGCGAAACAGCCUCAGAGCGGCGAUCACGACCUCGAUAUCGAGCGCUCUCGCGUUGGCGAGACGGGCAGUUCAGCCAUCAAAGCCUCUUCGCCUUCGACGGAGCCGAAACCUACGGACAUGACGGUCGUCAAGGCCGCCUCGUCGACUCCUGCGCCUCAAUUGCCUAGCCAACCCUCGCUGCCACUAACCAACAGCCCCGCCGCCGGCUCUUCCUACCGCCCACCCCUCGAAGCCUUCCUCGUCGCCUUGCACCCGUCCCUCGCUCCCCUCACCGACCCUCUCCUCGCCGCGGGCAUCACUUCGAACCGCUCACUCGCGCUCUUUGCCGGCAUGGAGCCCUCCAGUCGACACGCUCUCUACGAGGAUCUGCGGAUUGAGGGUGACAUGCCGAUGCUGGACGCGGCGGCGGUCGAGGCGCUCGACGAGGCGUGCAGCAGGGCGCAGGCGUCGCACUGGUCCGUAUAG